CCAAACAGCAGCAGCAGCGCGCGGCGCCGCUUCAGGUGUUUCUUUUUUCCAUAAAUUAAGCGGCCAGAGAAACAAAAAGCCGGCGUGUCAUCCUCUGCGCACCUGCGCACGCUACUCAGAAAAACAGUCCACCGGCGUUUUAGUUUGGCACGAGACAGAAGGAGUGAGAGAGAAAGAGAGAGAGAGAGAGAGAGAUAGGGACGGAGGAGCCUUCCAAGCACGUGAACGGUGUUUCGGCUCACCUCGUGCUCAGACUGAAUCCGGAUAACAGACGGAUCUGCAGGACUCCGCGGGAAACUUGCUGCACGCGCACUUCGGUGGCUUUAGCGACUCGGAGGUCCUGUGUAAUGUGUGCUGGUGAGGACGGUGUGUGUGUGGGGGCCGAGUGGACUCAGGGCUUCGCUGAGAUGUGACUGCAGCAGUUAUCGUCUACACUCCGGCUUUGGCCUCAGAAUAUGCCCAAGUGUCAUCAUGAACCUGACAUCAAGCUCCAAGCCUGGAUUAUUCACCAAUAGCUCCCCUGGGAUGCGAGAUUAUCCUGACAUCGCCUUUAUCCCGCAAGACCUCUGGCCUGAGGCUGACAACCGGCACGCCAAUGUCUCCCUCCUUGCACGGGGCACCAACUUGACCAGCCCUCAAGAUGCCAUGCUUACACCUACUGUGGUGUACGACCCACUGGGUGGUCACUCUAUUUGGCAGGUCAUCAUUAUUGUCCUGCUAACAGGGUCACUGUCUCUGGUCACCAUCAUUGGGAACAUCCUGGUGCUUGUUUCUUUUAAAGUCAACAAGCAGCUGAAGACGGUGAACAACUAUUAUCUGCUGAGUCUAGCAUUUGCGGACCUCAUCAUUGGGGUUCUCUCGAUGAACCUCUACACCACGUACAUCAUCAUGGACAAGUGGGCACUUGGUAACUGGGCGUGUGACUUAUGGCUAGCGAUUGACUACGUGGCUAGCAACGCCUCCGUCAUGAACUUGCUGGUGAUCAGCUUUGACAGAUACUUCUCGGUCACAAGGCCACUAACGUAUAGGGCCAAACGGACGACUAAGAGAGCAAUGACCAUGAUCGGCCUGGCCUGGUCUAUUUCCUUUGUGCUUUGGGCUCCUGCCAUCCUGUUCUGGCAGUUCUUUGUUGGGGAGCGAACAGUUACUCCAGGAGAGUGCUACAUCCAGUUCCUCUCAGAGCCCAUAAUCACCUUCUGCACGGCCAUCGCAGCCUUCUACCUGCCUGUGACCAUCAUGACGGUGCUCUACUGGCGGAUAUAUAAGGAGACUGAGAACCGCUCCAAAGAUCUGGCAGGGCUGAAGGGCUCGGGGAACCAAGGCAAGCAAGGCAACCAAGAGGAAACCACUGCCAUGAUGCCCACUACAGACAGCUCUCACAGCUGCAGCAGCUACACAGUGAACCAGCCAGGCCAGAAGGACGGAAGGCGGAAGAAGGCGAGACGAUUCCGGUUCUGGCCACUAGGUCGUGGUGGUCGUAAACGUCGCAGCACCGGCGACCCAGAGCACAGCAGUAGCGAUAGCUGGAAUAACAACGAAGCCGGAGCCUCCAUGGACCAAUCAGAUGAGGAGGAGGAGGAAGAGGGUGCUGAGACAAGGGCCAUCUAUUCCAUUGUGGUGAACCUGCCUGGGAUGAACAACCUGCCCAACUCUGAACAAACGGGUACAUCCAAGCAAGACCAUCUGGAGCCUGAAGGCUUUGCUGCAGAAAGACCUUCCAGCAAAGGCUUCUCCAAAUCGCCCACCGAAUCCCUGCCUGUUAUGGAGGGCUCCAAGCCUUCAGGAGGUUCUUCUGCCUCGAAAUCCCCACUUUUCUUUAAGGAUGCAGCUAUGGCGAAGGGCACUGCCUCCAAGGCCAAGACGCAGGCCAACAAGCGCAAGAAGAUGUCACUUGUCAAGGAGAAGAAAGCAGCUCAGACUUUAAGCGCAAUCCUCUUCGCCUUCAUCAUCACUUGGACUCCGUAUAACAUCAUGGUCCUGGUGAACACGUUCUGCGAUGACUGUAUCCCUGAGACUUUGUGGGCUCUGGGCUAUUGGCUGUGCUACGUGAACAGCACGGUGAACCCCAUGUGCUACGCACUGUGCAACAAAACCUUCCGCACCACUUUCAAAAUGAUCCUGCUGUGCCAGUGGGACAAGCAGAAACAGAACAAGCCUCAGUUUCAGCCGAGGCAGACAGCAGUGACCUACAGGAAGAAGGAGUUGAUGUAGAGACAAGACGCCGAUAACCUGAUAGAUUUCAGAGCAGCUGACCUGUCCGGUCUAGGGAUUUUUCAUACAAAGGGAUACAGUCCGUUUGCCCACAGUGAUGCCUUUUGGUGGGAUGAACAAUUGUUUGUCCAAAGGGCUGUAAUAUUAGAGGUGCACCUUUGCUGUUGUUUUGUGCCUCCAUUUGGACUCAAGGCAGCCCUCUUCCUCCAUCAGCAGAGCGAGAGGCGAGUCAGUACGGCUAUAACAUCACUGAGGUGUUAGUGGAGACGAAAAAAAAUCCCCUUUUUGAUGUAAACCUUUGAAAAGAAAGAUACUUCAGCUCGAGCCUGGUGUUUCUGUUUCCUGAUGUAUUUGGCCAUGGUGGUCAGACUGUGUUGGUUUCUGUUGUGGUCAUUAAAGAUGCAGUGUUUUCCCGCACAGGAGUUUGCUUUACGAAGCUGCUUAUAUACGAAUCGUGUGAGGUGGUAUUUAGACAAGUGAGUGAUUCUGUUUUCGUCCUCAUUAUGCAGUCCGCUACUCAUUCUGUACAAAUCAUUUUAUAUAUUUUUAAAAGAAUAUUCAGAUAAAAAAAAGUUUUGAUGUGUGGGAAGUUUUUGGAGAUAUUUUGCAAUAAAGAUCAAAACAGAAAUGUUUAGCGUUUGAGAGAAAAUGGCUCAAAGGAAGGUAGUCUUAAGAUUCUGUUCUUGCAUUUGCUGAAGAGAAGCAAAUAAAUAAAUAUAUAAAUAAAUAAAUGUACCUCUGAUUAUAUGAAGAUCAAUGCUACCCUCUAGUGGUUGAAUGAAGUAAAAGACACAGCAGUCAUAAAGGAGCAUUAGAAGUUCAACCAAACACUUUUGCCUUUUUUAUUUAUGUGUUUAUUUAUGUUAUUUAUGUUUUUAUCUAUAAGACAUGUUUUGAUGUGCCUUUUAAAAGGUGAAUCAUGAAGACACAACAGCCCUGCACAUGUUAGUGCUCCCCCUGCUUUAACACACCCACUCCAGCUCGAUGAGGGCCACUGUGGAUAAAAUUUGGCACCCUUGCACCCUUCCUGAAUCCCUUAAUUCAAUUAUUUUUUUCAUGUAAUUACAACAAUGAACAGCAAAAUGUCUUGCUUUUCUGGGGAGCUUAAUUUUUUUGCAGUCUCUGUGUUGUUAUUUCUUGUGUUAUUUUUUGUCUUGUACUGUGUUUUAAAUGUAUGUAAACUACCAGUCAAAUGUUUGGACACAUCUA